GAUGGUGUUUCUGCGGCCGGAGCGGCGUGUGCGGACGAGGAGCCGGGCUGAGAUUGAGCCGAAGCGGCGUGUGCUCAAGAGCCGCCGGCGCGGGUGCCGCUGAAGCGGCUGAGGGAGACAGGACCGACCGACUGACGGACGGACGGACGGACGGGCGACGCGAGAGCCGGCCCUGGGGCCGCCCCGCGGGCGAGAUGCCGGGGCUGCCGGCGUUGCCGCCGCUGCUGCUAAUGCUCCUGGCCGCCGGCAGCGCCGGGGCCGCGCCACUUCCGCAAACAGGUGCAGGGGAGGCACCUGCUGCAGAAGUUUCCCUAUCUUUUGUGAUCCUAUCUGUGUGCAGUUUAAUGCUAUUAAUAGUGUUAAUUGCAAACUGCGUAUCCUGCUGUAAAGAACCAGAAAUAGACUUUAAGGAAUUUGAAGAUAACUUUGAUGAUGAGAUAGAUUUCACGCCACCAGCAGAAGACACUCCCUCUGUUCAGUCCCCAGCAGAAGUUUUUACACUUUCAGUACCAAAUAUUUCACUGCCAGCUCCCUCCCAGUUCCAGCCUUCUGUAGAAGGUUUGAAGUCUCAAGUUGCACGCCACAGUCUAAACUAUAUACAGGAGAUUGGAAAUGGCUGGUUUGGAAAGGUGCUCCUUGGAGAGAUUUAUACAGGCACUAGUGUAGCAAGAGUAAUAGUGAAGGAGUUAAAAGCAAGUGCAAACCCAAAGGAACAAGAUACUUUUUUGAAAAAUGGAGAACCUUACUAUAUUCUUCAGCAUCCAAAUAUUCUUCAGUGUGUUGGACAAUGUGUAGAAGCAAUUCCCUAUCUUCUGGUGUUUGAGUUUUGUGACUUGGGUGAUCUAAAAGCUUACCUGCGCCACGAGCAUGAGCACAUGCGAGGGGACUCGCAGACCAUGUUGCUGCAGAGGAUGGCGUGUGAGAUCGCCGCAGGGCUGGCUGCCAUGCACAAGCUUCACUUCCUGCACAGUGACUUAGCCCUGCGGAAUUGUUUUCUUACCUCUGACUUAAAUGUAAAAGUGGGAGAUUACGGAAUCGGAUUCAGCAGGUACAAGGAGGAUUAUAUCGAAACCGAUGAUAAAAAAGUUUUUCCUCUGCGGUGGACUGCUCCAGAAUUAGUUACGAGCUUUCAGGACAGAUUACUAACUGCAGAGCAAACUAAAUACAGUAAUAUCUGGUCCCUGGGUGUGACACUUUGGGAGCUUUUUGAUGAUGCUGCUCAGCCAUAUUCCCACCUUUCCAACAUGGAUGUUCUCAAUCAAGUCAUCAGAGAAAGAGAAACCAAACUCCCUAAGCCCCAGCUGGAGCAGCCAUAUUCAGAUAGAUGGUAUGAAAUUUUGCAGUUCUGUUGGCUGUCACCAGACAAGAGACCGGCAGCUGAAGAUGUCCAUAGGCUGCUGACUUACCUGCGGAUGCAAAGCCAGAGGGACUCGGAGGUCGACUUUGAACAGCAGUGGAAUGCACUUAAACCAAAUAUGAAUAGCCGGGACACUUCCAGUAAUGCUGCAUUCCCAAUUCUUGACCAUUUUACCAGGGACCGGCUUGGUCGUGAAAUGGAAGAAGUCCUCACAGUGACCGAAACGAGCCAGGGACUCAGCUUCGAGUACGUCUGGGAGGCGGCGAAACACGAUCAUUUUGACGAGCACGGCCGGGCUAACCCGGACGAAGCCUUGUCGUACACCAGCAUCUUCUUUCCCGGGGAGGUUUUCGAGAGCUCGCUCUCAGACCCCGGGCCUGGCAAGCAAGAUGAAAGUGGCCAGGAGGUCCCGCACAGGGCCCCAGGAGUGGUCCCUGUGUUUGACGCCCACAACCUCUCGGUGGGAAGUGAUUACUAUAUUCAGUUAGAAGAAAAAAGUGGCAGCAACUUGGAGAUUGACUACCCAAUGGCACUGCUGCCGACUGAGAGGAUGAGUGAUGAAGCGUCCCAGUUUGUGACCCUCAGGAAUCUUGAAUUUGAGGAAUCCAGCACAGAGGAGGAUCUCUUUGAAACCAGUACAGACCCGAAGGAUUCUAGCAUACCUGAGGGUCUACAUGUUGCUAGUGGCCCCGAGAGCCCUUUCAACAGUAUAUUUAAUGAUCUUGACAAAUCGGAGGAUCUGCCUAGUCACCAAAAAAUGUUUGACUUAACGGAACUAAAUGGGGUCCAGGCCGACUUGAAGCCAGCCACUUCAAGUUCAAGUUUGGAUGAGCCCAAAGAGCCCAUAAUUCCUUGCCAUUUUGAGAAAGAAAAUCCCUGUAAGCUUUUUGACUGUGAGCCUUUUUGCUUAUCAGAAAACCUUAUGCACCAAGAUAAUUUUGAAUCACUAAAUGUUCAAGAAUUGUCAGAAAACUUUUUAUUUCUUCAAGAGAAAAACUUACUAAAAGACUCAUUGUCUAGCAAAGAACAUAUAAAUGACCUUCAGACGGAGCUUGAAAAUGCCGGUUUUACAGAAACCGUAUUAGAAACUUCACGCAGAAACUCUUUAGAUACUGAGCUUAUGUGUGCUGAAAAUCAACGAGGCUUUCCUCUGUUACAGGAAAACGUCAAGGCAGAGGGUCGAGAUCUGGGAGUUGGGCUGACAGGCGACAGUUUGAACAUCUCAUUGCCGUCUUCUCCAGAAGGGCAGGUACCUUCUACUUUACUUGAAACAGAAGAGAUGGCCAACUGUGUACCUCCAGAUACAUUCCUGAGGCAGGGAGAAACCAAGUCCACGUGCUUAGAUGUCAGUGUCCGUGAAGACUGUCUCUGCCAAGAAGUAAAUCCAGACUCUGUGACUGUCCCUGUUGAGAUUCUCUCAACGGAUGCCAAAACACAGAGUGUUAGCGAUGGGCCUCAGGACUUGACUCACCAAAGCGAGGAGGCCUUGAGACUAACCAAAAGUGACGCCGUUGGUCUUGACGAUAUCUUUGCGGGUAAGGUAGGCCUAGGGGGUAGUCUCCCAGAAUUGAGACAGAACUUAGAAAACCAGCCACUUCCAGAAGACCACCAUAGCAGUAGUUUGCUAGAGAAGAACCUGGAAGCUGUGGAGACUUUAAGUCACCUGAAUUACAAAGAUGUUCCAAAAGAAGUGGGCUUGGUGUCUGCCCUGUCCUCGGACUCAACCAGCCAGGACAGCCUUUUAGAAGACAGCUUGUCCACACCCAUACCAACGUCGGAACAGUCUGUGGAAACGCCAGACUCCUUGGAUUCCAUGGAUGUGCGUGAGGUUUUAGAUUCUCUGGGCUCUCACAUGCCUCAGAAACUCCUGCCCCCAGAUAAGCCUGCAGAUAGCGGCUAUGAGACCGAGAAUCUGGAGUCUCCUGAGUGGACUUUGCACCCUGCUCCUGACAGCGCCUCAGACACAGACCCCACUGCAGCGGGUGAGGGCAGCCAUAGAGGUUUGCCUCCUAACCCUGUCAUCGUCAUCUCUGAUGUCACCGAUGGCCACCGAGGUGCAGAGGUGACCACACAGACCCCUGCGCCCGGCUCUCAGAGUUCAUAUCGAGACUCAGCCUACUUUUCAGAUAAUGACUCCGAGCCCGAGAAGAAGUCUGAGGAGGUCCCUGGAACGUCAGCAUCAGCCUCAGUGUCCCUUCCUGAGCCCGUCCCCGCCAAGCACAGUGUAGGUGCCGAGAACAGUUGCCUGGAAACCAGAAAGAGCCUGCCGGAUCCUAGCCGUCUGCCGGCUUUGCAGAAUUCCAGUCCCCUGGAAUUGGGAGAUCUGUUGGAGCCAGCGCAGACUCGUGUUUCCAGUCAGAUGCCUCCCGCUGAAGAUGAGGCUGGCAGCCACCUGAGUUUGUUGAAUUCAGAACUUUGCAGCAGUGAUGACUUGGAGACACAGGAAGACCACCCUUGCACCCUCACUUCCACCGGAACCAACACGAAUGAACUCCUUGAGUACGCAAGUCCCACCCUCCGCUCUGGCAGCCCAGCGGACCUGGUGGUGGAUAGGUCCUUGUCCGGCCACACGGAAGGCCCCAAGCUGAAGGAGCCAGAUAUUGAAGGGAAGUACCUGGGGAAGCUCGGGGUUUCAGGAAUGCUGGACCUUUCCGAGGACGGCAUUGACGCAGACGAGGAAGACGAGAACAGCGACGACUCUGACGACGACCUGAGGGCGUUCAACCUCCACAGUCUCAGCUCCGAAUCGGACGACGAAGUGGAGCACUCUGUGCCCCUGAUCCUCAGCAACAGUGAGGACGGCCGACACCUGCGGAGCUUGCUGAAACCCUCAGCCCCUGUCUCCACGGCCCAGCUGCCCGAUGCCUGGGGAAAGGAGAAGAAGGCAGUGAGGUUCUUUGAUGAUGUUACCGUCUAUCUGUUUGAUCAGGAGACCCCGACCAAGGAGCUGGGGCCCAGUGGAGGAGCAGCAGCACACGGCCCUGCACCCUCCUCAGGCCCUCCCCACCUGAGCAGGUGCAUCAACUCAGAAAGUUCAACCGAUGAAGAAGGUGGCGGCUUCGAAUGGGAUGACGACUUCUCCCUGGACCCUUUUAUGUCCAAGACAGCGAGUAACCUUCUUGGUUCCAGGCCUUCUCUGCAGGCAUCCAAGUACUUCUCUCCUCCACCGCCGCCCCGGAGCGUGGAGCAGAGCUGGCCCCACGGGGCGCCCUAUUCCAGGUUCUCCAUCUCCCCUGCCAGCAUCGCAAGCUUUUCCCUCACUCACCUCACGGACUCGGACAUGGAACAAGGAGGAAGCAGCGAAGAUGGGGAGAAAGAUUAAGUGGGUGCCGACGCCCCCCUCGGGCCGAGGCUGCGCCCUCACAGCUGCGUCCCUGCGCUGCCAGCCCGAGCACGGACGUCCAUUCCACUUGGACUGAGACGAGGCUUCGAGAAAGAACCAGGUGGUGGAAAGAGAGGCGGCGGCAAGAUGGGCACUGCAGGCCCAGGAGGAGUGGCGCGCGGGGCAGGGAGCCCAGGCAGUGUGCUGGCACCUGGGGCCACACCUGUAGCGGCUCCCACACGGGAGCGCCCCGUCACCGCCUGUGCCACCACCUCGAGCGGCUCUGUGUGCCCAGAACUGAGCGUGGCAGGUUGUGUCCUCUCCCAUGUCAUGUGUCCUGUUUGCAUCUGCACCUGGGCCUCACACACAGGUGCUCCUCAUACCACUGAGGAUGCAUGCAUGGGAGCGGUCGUCGUGAGCCAUAUUUAUUACUUCUGAAGAAAUCACUAAUUGCUUUCUGUCAUUGCACUGUGGACAACUGUUCUAAGAGUCCCCGAUACUGUACAGAACCUUAAAUUAUUCAAGGAAAAUAAGGCGGGUCAAGCUGGUGCCACCCAUCAGUUUGAUUUUUUUCUGUUCUGUCGUCUGUUUGCUCUGCAUGGUACUUGUAAAGCUUCAUAUCCCGAGUGUGACGCUGUCUUUAGAAUUGCCGGGACUGCACACGUGGUACGCUUUCAUAAACGGCAAAUGAUCCCAAACGUUAGUGUUCUAUGUUCUUACAGGAAAUAUUUUUGAUGAGUCAGAAAACACUGCUCCGUUUUGUUGAUUGAAUCAAACACAUUUCUGUUUCUUCUCUACAAGGCGGUUCCCCUGCAGCAAAUGAGGCCUCUCCGUGAUUCUGCCACCUCACCCCCACAGUUUUCAAAGCCGUUCUGGUUCAAAAGGACAGGCAGUGCACCCAGAACUCAGCUCUUCUGGGGAGCCAAGCGGGGUUCCUCUCACGGUGUCAACAGGCAGGCAGGUGAGCUGAGCUGCAGACAGAGCGUGGCCUCUUCCCCUCAGAGCUUGAGUCUUCUGCUGGUUUUUCCAAGGCUAGGCUCCAGUUUUGCUUCAGUGUUCUUGUAACGCUUAUGAUUCUUCCUUUAAAAAGGCAGAGAACUCCAAGGAAGAAGCUUCUCCCAAGUUCUCAAGGUAUUAAGGAUGCGUGAAUUAAUUCUGUUUGUACCGUUCAGAUGUUGUUGACUUGAACUUUAAAAUAAUCCCCAAGCUGACUUUCUCCCUUGUAAUCACUCCAAGUACAUCUAGGUGAGGCCAGCCUCAUUUUCAGCUGGGAGAGAGACCAAUCCUGCGGGGAAUAAGGACACAGCCUCGGCAGCCAUACAUCCCUCAGCAGGGACAAGCGAGUGUCUGUGGCUCUGGGGUGCCCCCCGAUGCUGACUUAGCCACAUCGACCGUUCCCGUCUGCGUUAAGCACCCAGUUUUCCCUUGGAAUGAAGGGGGCCGGAGUGUUUGCAGCACAGCUUCAGUUAAUGUUGGCAGGAGUCGGGUGUUGGUGAUGAAAAAACUAGCUAGCUCCUUCACAGGGGGAAGUGCCCAUGGCAGGUGCAGUAUCUGUGGGGAAGCCAUUGGUACCGGUGGGUUCUCUCGGGUCUGUGGCACUGCACGGUGGCCCCUCACUCAAGGGGGUCCUGCUGUCCCGGCUCCUCCAUGACCCCCGGCUCACCACGUCAGGAGAGAUCGGGACCUAGUUCAGAACACAGAGGUUUGUUUUGGCUCACGUUUGUGUGGUGAAGCGUGACCUUUAUGAUCAACUCUGGCUCACUCCACUGAUGUUUUACACUAGCAAUAAAGUUCUCGAGCAAGAAAUUACAGAGCAGACAGAGGCCCCCUUUUACCCUCCGCCUCGUGUGGACACGAAACUGCAGGCAUCGCAGAGACAAUGGGAUCUGGUGGUGCGUGGACCAGACGACAACCGUGCCAAAGCUUGUCUGAAUGCCCAACUUCUUGCUGGAGACUUGCUGAGCUCCCUGCAUUUUGACAGCGAAUUACCUGCAGUCUGGGUUGAGAAAGAAAUUAGAGGUGAUUGAUUUUAGUUUUUUUAAACAGAUUUAAGGAGUUGAGAUAAAAUCCAGCAGACCCAUAGAAUAUAGUCUCCUUAACCGGUCAGCCCGGGAUAAACGUAUUGGUAUUUGGGGGCUGUGCAUUUUCACUGCGAUUUAAGGAGAUUUUUAACAUCAUUCCCACUUUAUGUUUUUAAAGCAAAUCAGCCACUAUCUAUCUUGAACUUCAGCUUCAGUGAAAAGUUUUUUUUUUUUUUAAGUCUAUAUUGUUCUCGUAAUUAAUUGCCAAAAAAAAAAAAAAAAUGCAUUUUCUACAUGGAGUUGGGGGAGGGGCUUGAUGCAUGACAGGGAAGAUUUUAUAAUAAACACGUGAGUUAACAUGUUCUUUUGAAAUCUCCAGCAAUAUGCAGGGAAUAAAUUAAGUAGAUUUGAAUGUUUAGCCCAUUGUUGAAACGUCAGCAUGCGCUUUGUUCUUUGAUUCGGUUUUUUUAGCUAAGAAGUUGGUUACAAGUUGUGGGUUUUCAAAAUUUACUUGUUCUAAUGAGUUAGGUGGCGAAAUAAGUCAGUGGGGUUCUGUUCUGUGAUGUGGGUGAGGUUUGUAUUACCUGGUCCGCAGUGAUACUCUCUGGCCUCCUUUGGGUAGAAAUCCAGAAUCUGGUAGAUUUCAAUGAGUCUUUCUUUGGAGUAGUUUAUGUGCUUUUAAUGCUAUAGUAAAAAUAAUCUGCCCUUUAUUUCCUCUCUAGCUAGAUGCUAAUUUGUUUUAUCAAAUGACCCUGUCAUGAAGCCAGAAGUAGAAAUGUAUACCAAGUGCCCCCAGAACCUUCUGCUAUGUUUACUGUGUUUGGCUAAGGGGCUGUCCGUCUUCGGGUGGAAAGACGCUCAGCUGUGCUGAAUUGUACACAGAACAUCCGUUCUAUUUUUAGAUGUACAGGUGAUUGUUUCUACAGAAAUGGCUUUAUCUACGAAAAGUCUUUGUAUGUCUUGCUGCGGUCAAACGCCUUUCACAACCUCUUUCCUCUGUUACUACUUCCCGUGGGGUAUUUGUAGGGUUAAUGGUCCAUUGCAUGUGAGUUCUGAGGGCCUGGGCGGACAGGAGGUGCCUCCUGCUUUUACACUACUCGGCCUGUCCUUCGAAAAUUCAGCAGUGAAUGAAGUGUUAUAUCCCAGGUGUCUGGUGUCAGCUACAGGGGACUUGAAAAUAUUGGCCUUCUGAGAAGUAGCCUUAACUUAAGAGUGGGUGUACACAGUUAUUCCAGAUCUAUAUCUCAAAAACACUCUUCCUAAGUAGCAGUGGGGUUGGUUCAGGACUUGGCUAUUAAAAAAGAAAAUUCUCCUUCAAACACAAAAGUCCUAGAGACGUGUUGACAGUAUUGUAUUACCCGCAGCCUGUCAGGAUGACUCAGAGUGGUGUGGACACCCGCUGUGUUGUAAGUUGUUCGGGUCUGCACAGGAGAGGUGGACCACGAUGGGGGACAGGUGUACACACCCAGCGCCGAACCCUGUCUGCACGUUUGCAGACAAGGGCCCACGGAACAGUCACACCUUCGAGGCUUUUCUGUUCUUUUCCACAGCCUUCAGAGGCUCACGGCAAUACACCAGUUAACGAACUUUCUGUUUAAAUUGUGUACAUUUUUAAAUUGUAAGAUUUUUACUGUAUAUUGAUGCAUAGUGUGAUUCAAUGAAUUGCUUGUAAUUUAAAAACUAUUUAAUAUUCAAAAUAAAUAUAGUUAUAUAUUUAUAAA